AUGGCAGUACCAACACGGAGUCUACGACACUUGUCGUCUGUGCGAGCGACCCUUUCAUCUCCCUCGUCGAUCCUCCCCAUCGCCCAUCGUACCUACGCUACGACGGAUGCUUCUUCCGCCACCUCCAACACACCCGAGGGAACUACCCGGCGGCGAGCAACGACCUUCAAGGACAAGCUGAAUGCUGGUCCUUCGUUCUCCGAUUUCGUCUCUGGGGGCAAAGAAGAGCCCCUCGAUCCAUCCGAGGCAUAUGCCCUCAAAACCGCCAUGGUCGGACCCGCCGGCCGCAAGAAGGAAAUGACUCGUUUGCCCUCGUGGCUGAAGACGCCAAUCCCGGACUCGAAGAACUACCAGCGAUUGAAGAAGGAUCUUCGUGGAUUGAACCUGCACACGGUUUGUGAGGAGGCUCGUUGUCCUAAUAUCUCCGACUGCUGGGGCGGCAGUGAUAAGUCGGCUGCCACAGCCACUAUCAUGCUCAUGGGUGAUACUUGCACGCGUGGAUGCCGCUUCUGCAGCGUCAAGACCAAUCGGGCUCCGGCCCCUCUGGACCCGCACGAGCCCGAGAAUACUGCGGAGGCGAUUUCGCGCUGGGGACUUGGAUACGUGGUUUUGACGAGUGUGGACCGAGACGAUCUGGCAGACGGUGGAGCGCGCCAUUUCGCCGAGACGGUGAUCAAGAUCAAGCAAAAGGCACCCAACAUUCUUGUUGAGUGCUUGACUGGUGACUACUGGGGUAACUUGGACAUGGUCGCCCUGGUGGCCCGGUCUGGCCUGGAUGUCUAUGCUCACAACGUCGAGACCGUCGAGGCUCUUACGCCGCACGUCCGUGAUCGCCGUGCCACUUUCCAGCAGUCCCUUCGCGUGCUCGAUGCGGCCAAGAAGGCUCGUCCUGACCUUAUCACCAAGACUUCGCUCAUGCUUGGUUUCGGCGAGACCGAUGAGCAGCUCGAGGAUGCGCUCCGCCAGCUCCGCGCUGUCAAUGUCGACGUUGUCACCUUCGGCCAGUACAUGCGCCCCAGCAAGCGUCACAUGGCCGUGCAUGAAUACGUCACGCCCGAUCGCUUCGAGUUCUGGCGUAAGCGUGCUCUUGAAAUGGGCUUCUUGUACUGCGCCUCGGGCCCUCUGGUUCGCAGCAGUUACAAGGCUGGUGAGGCGUUCAUUGAGAAUGUCUUGAAGAAGCGCCGUUCCGGAGCUGGAGCUGCCACCGUUGAUCAGACUGUGGCUUCGGCUGAUGAGGCUGCCAGGUAA